AUGUCAGGCUUUUGUAUUAAACCACGCGGUAGUGGUGGUGGGGGUGGUGGCACCAAGUGUGGAAGGUGGAAUCCAACCACUGAACAGGUUAAAGUUCUGACUGAUCUGUUCAGGUCUGGACUCCGAACCCCUAGUACUGAUCAGAUCCAAAAGAUCUCUUCGCAGCUGAGCUUUUAUGGUAAGAUCGAGAGCAAGAAUGUCUUUUACUGGUUUCAAAACCAUAAAGCUAGGGAAAGACAGAAACGUCGCAGGGUUUUGGUUGAUGAACGAAAUGAGAUACACCGAGAAGACAAAGUUGCCACAGCAAAACAUUUUGGAGAGAUAAAUCAGGUUUCGGAGCCUGAAAGAGUGGUUGAGACCUUGCAACUCUUUCCAUUGAACUCAUUCAGCGAAUUGGAAUCAGAGAAGCUGAGGUUUUUUGCGAAGGAAGGAAAGGAGAAUACGUCGUUUUCUUAUAGUUUUGGGGCCGAUAUGAAUCAUCCACCAUUGGAUCUGCGUUUGAGUUUCCUGUAA